AGAUCGUUAAUACCCUCCACGCCUCUGGCGGCGCAUCCGGAAAGCCGCCGGUUAAUGCCGAGGCUCGCGGGAGGCCGCAGCGGAGAAAAAAAAAUCUUCUGCGGUUUCUUGGACUAAAACCUGUGCUAGGGUUUUCUAUUUUUUCGAGAUCAAGGUCGAGAGAGAAUGGAAGCGGCAGGCGAGGAGGAGCAAUACGGGCUCUCAGUCCAUUCCCCGGGCCAGGCUCCCCCUUCCUCGGCCUCUUCUUUGCACAAGGAGCACUCGCAUGUGGAACUGGAAUUGAGGGUGCUCGAAGCUCUGGAGAUCUAUCCCCCUUCUAGAUUACAAGGUAUCCACCGCCACUUUGUUCUUUAUGGGCUGAUGGAGUAUUUGCAGAGGAGCUUUGACAGACACUUUUCAGCAGAUGAGGUUUUGCAGCUGCUAGACCGCUUCUUCAAUUUAGAAAUGCUGAAACCGGAUGAUGAAGAGACAGUGACUCUAAAUCAGGAGGAAGAUUUUUCCUUGCCACAGCAUUUUUUUGUCAAGGACGAGCAAUAGCAUGCCUUAGUAGAGGAGCUGAGAUCUAUUAACAACAGUAGCUCGAGUGUUGGCUGAGCCUCAUCUGCAGAAAGCUCAGUACCAGAAGCCACAUUUUGUUGGAUGUCCAUUCAUGUACAUAUGCAUAGGUUCACCUUUCCUUUUCAAAAACUGAUAGAUGGCGAAGCCUUGCCGACUGCCUCAUGCAUGUUUGAUUGCUAGUCCACUGGAGGAAAUCGAGAGGUUCCUUCAGGGCAUGUCUUCUGUAAAUUCUAUUUCUCUGCGGAAUCGACCAGUUGAAAGCUCACAACUUUGUUUAAGAUUACUCUAAAAUGCGUUGUGACUUGAGUUGCUGAGAGUACUUGUCUCCUUAUUGGAACAUCAAUAUGGACAUUUUUUUUUCUCCAUGUAUCUCACUUGUUUCGGGCUUUUAGGGAAAUAUGUUUCUGGAUAAGUGAAGAGAACCUUUACUUCUAAUAUAGAUCGCAGUUGAUAAA